AUGAAAUAUUUAAUAUUGGUAUUAUUAUUAUUAACCAUUUCGAUUCACUUUGUUAACUCAAAGGAUUGUCCACGUUGUCUUGAUAUCGACGAUGAAUGUAACAUUAACGAUACAACCGUUACUUGUCCGAAAGGAUCAUUUUGUUCACCAAUUUCCCAAACCUGUAAAAUUUCGGUUCCUGAAAAUGGAAAUUGUACUGUAGAUUUGGAAUGUGAAAAUACAUUGGGAUGUAUAAAUUCAACAUGCAUACAAACACAUUAUUUAGGUAUGAUUGAAUUGUGUACACAUGAUUCAGAGUGUACAACACCAACUCUUUGUAAACCAUAUUCAUGUGGUCAAACAUGUAACAAAGCAUGUAAUUACUUUGAACUUACAUGUACAACAAAUGGACAAUGUCAAUUCCCAAUGGUUUGUACCAGUGGAAAAUGCAAUACCGCAAAGAACGACGGUGAAUCUUGUAAGAUCUCUUCAGAAUGUCAACCUUAUAGUACAUGCUCAGAGAAUAUUUGCCAAUCACCAUACUCAAUGGAUUUAGGUGAAAAUUGUACUUCUGACUACAGUUGUGAUAUUUCUAAAAAUUUAAUUUGUUCAUCUAAUGGAACAUGUAUAAAAGAUUUAAAUCAAACUUCACAUUGUGGAUCUCUUGAUCCAUCUGUAAAGAAAUCGAUAUUUUGUCAACUCGAAAAAUGUAGAAUUCUCAAUGAAUGCCAGGUUGUCGAUCACAUGGCAAAGAAAUCUUGUAUCUACCAGAGUUGCGGUGAACUCGUUGAUAAACUCAACGGUCUCAACGAUACAUGUAACGCGACUCCAUCGAAUUCCAAUUCACAAAGUGUAACAUAUGUACACUCUUUAUUAGUUUUAUCAUUGUUUUUAUUUAUUUCCUUAAUUAUCUAA